AUAUUUUUUGAAUCACAGAAACUGUUUCUCUCCUUGUUCUGCUCUCUCCUUCUCCCUCGGAUCACAACUCUGCGAAACCAAUUGAAUUGGGAUUUCUUGGUUCGCGGUCAUGAGCACCGGAGAUCUCCUCAGCAUUCAGCCCACGGAGCUCAAAUUCCCGUUUGAACUGAAGAAGCAGAGCUCGUGUUCUUUGCAAUUGACCAACAAAACAGAUAAAUAUGUGGCCUUUAAGGUUAAGACAACCAAUCCAAAGAAGUAUUGUGUCAGACCCAAUGCUGGUGUUGUUUUGCCCGGAUCAACAUGUGAUGUUACAGUUACGAUGCAAGCCCAAAAGGAGGCACCCCCAGAUAUGCAGUGUAAGGACAAAUUUCUCCUUCAAAGUGUUGUUGCGCCAGAUGGUUCAACCACAAAAGACAUAACUCCUGAAAUGUUCAACAAGGAUGAUGGUAAAGUUGUGGAAGAGUUCAAAUUGCGGGUAAUUUACUUUCCUGCCAACCCCCCGUCACCUGUCCCUGAAGGAUCUGAUGAGGGCUCUUCUCCCAGGGCAGUGGUUGAGAAUGGGACUCAAAAUCCUUCCUUGUUUGAUGCUGUGUCAAGAUCUCUUGAGCAACCAAAAGAGAAAUCUUCAGAGGCAUGGUCUAUGAUAUCCAAGUUGACCGAAGAGAAGACUUCUGCUUUACAACAAAACCAGAAACUACGUCAAGAACUGGAACUGGUGAGAAAAGAAAUCAGCAAAAGCAGUGGCGGUGGAUAUUCAUUAGUGUUUGUAGUGCUCUUUGGUCUUUUGGGUAUCUUGGUUGGUUUCUUCAUCAAGAAAACAUAGAAGCUGAGGUCAAGGCUACCCUUUAAUUAAUUAGAUCGAUGCAGCAUAAACUCUGUGGUGUUCUCCCAUUUUCAAAACAUUUUAGGGCCUCACUCUUGAUGUAAAAAUUUAGUCUGACCAAUAUUAUCGUGAUUGUUUUGGUUUGUCCAAGCAAAGUAGAUUGGUUCUCAUUAUAUUAGGUGCUCAUUCGUUUCAAAAUUAUUAAUUAUAUUUGAUGUUGAACGAUCAAAUGAUCGAGAUUUUUUUAAUUAAAAAACAAUCAUCAGAGAUUCAUAUCAAA